AUGACAGAUACGAGUAAGACACGUCUUUAUUUAUAUUAUUUUGUGUUAUUGACGUUAAGUCUUGCAUUAUUCUAUUGUUUUCAUCGUAUGACGAUCAAACAUCCAGAAGAUUAUAUGUACAUGGAAAAAUGUGUCUUAUGCAUUAUCUCAAGUUUCUUUAAUAUAUUUGUGCUUUUCUAUCAUUGUACUCAUGCUCCACAUCCAAAAUAUCUUAUCUUAGCGCAACGUCGAUUUGUAAUUUAUAUACAUAUUCUUUCAGGAUUAUUGGAAUUUCUAACAUGUUGGAUCGCAUUUUGUACUGGUAGUGAACGUAUUGCUACUAUUGCAGCCAUAAUAGCCAUAGUAGCUCAUGUUCCUUCGGCUUAUUAUCAGACAUCGAUUGCGUUUGGUGCCAAAGCUAUUAUGGUUGCUGGUUAUUUAUUUGCAAUAAAUAUUCAUCUUUUCUGUGCAUUGCAUUUAUUUUUCAAUCCAAGUUCGUCUUAUUGGCUGCUCAAUAUGUUUCUCGUUCAUAAUAUUUAUGUAUGGUGUCGAGUAUUGUACGCCUUUUUUGAUUUUCUCGGUUUAUUUAAAGACAGUCUAUAUACUAAUUCAGUUGUAAUAGCAAGUCUCAUUUUAAUUCCUGCUGUACUUGGUGUCUCAGCCAACAUGUUAUUUCUUGGUUAUGUAGUGAGUAGUAUUCUUCUCUACUUAAUCAUCGUUCGACCAAAUAAAAUCGACCGUACAUAUUAUGUAGGCGAACGUACACGUAAUCUUCUUGUCAAUAAAGAUGUUCAUAAUAAUUGGUUUAAAGAAACAGCUCGUCUCGUACGCAUGAAUAAAGACAAUGAACUUAGUGAUCAGCAGCAAGCUAAGCUUGUUUUUGAUCUUCUUGAUGAAGAUAAAAAUGGAUAUAUUGAUGGUGAAGAAAUAAAUCGUCUUUUGAAAGAAUGGCAAACAGAAGAAAAUUUUAGGAAUCGAUUCUUUCGUUGGACAAAAAAUGGACAGAUCUCAUACGAGAACUUUUACAAAAAUAUUUGGCGUUUAGGUGAAACUUCUAUUGGACAUUUUCAAGAAAGACAAAAUAAAGAAGGAAGAGCAAGAGCACGUUUUAUCUUUGAUUGUUUGGAUAAUGAUUUCAAUGGAUAUCUUGAUUCAAUUGAAAUACAAAAAUUAUUAAUUCAAUGGGGUUUACCUGAUAAUGAAGUUGACGCAUAUCUUGCCAAUGAUGACGAUAAACAAUUUUCAUUUGAUGAAUUUUAUCACAAUCUCAAACCAGUUUGGAAUUUUGCAUAUGAAAAUAUGACACUAAAGGAUACUGAUGAAGUGUUAAAACCAGUACAUGAUCAUUCAAGCUAA